UAGGAUGAGCAUUCAGCUAGCUGAUCGUUCCAUUGUGCAUCCUAGGGGAAUCAUAGAGGAUCUGCUUGUCAGUGUUGGUGCAUUCACAUAUCCUGUUGAUUUUGUUAUUCUCGAUAUACAUGAGGAUGUGGAUGUGCCUUUGAUUCUAGGUAGACCAUUUCUUGCCACCUCCAAGGCACUUAUUGAUGUGCAUGAUGGUAAACUGAUCCUGCGUGCUGGGAAUGAAUAGGCUACUUUUUCUGUGACUGAAUUUGAUCACUGUGCUAUGAUUGUUGUCACCCCUGUGCAUGCUAUGUCUGAUCAGGUACACGAGCCUGUUGUGUACCCUUCUGCACCUCUUAUUUUGCAGGACCCUCCUAUUAUUCCUUCGCCGCCACUCCAUCCAGCCUCACCUCCGAACAAAAAGCUCAAGGAGGAGUGGCGGCCGAAGCAGCAGGUUGCUAAGCCUGCACGGAAGAAGAGUGGAGACCACUAUGAGCUGGUUCCACCUCCGGCACCACGACCACCCUGGCCGUCUGAGUACUCACUCGCCUGCAUCUUGCCGGAUGGCCAGGUCGAGCUGACCGAUGAUGGUGGUCGCAUCCGUCGGGUGCAUGGCCACAACCUGAAGCUGUACCUCAAGAGCGACGUGGAUCCGCUCUUGGAGGCACCUGUUCCUGCACCUCCCUGAGUAUCCACCAUGGGCAUCCAGCUAAAAGACGGUAAAGAAGCGCUUGUGGGGAGGCAACCCCACCACGGUUUGACUUUCUUUCUUGUGUUUUGAGAUGGAUUGUAAACCGGUUUGGUUUUGGUUUGUUUUCUUUUGUUUUGGAUGAUGUCUUAUUGGGCUGACAUUGGACCUAACAUAUUGUGCUUGAGCUCUUUGGUUUCCUUUAGCUGUGCUUGGCUUGACUGGUCCUCUCUCCAGUCCGCUUCACUCCGACUAGUCCGUUUCCAGUCCCCUGCAGUCCAUGCAUACCGGUAACAUCGUUCCCCUUUAUCCUUUACUCUUCUCCAUUGAGGGCAAUGUCGAUCUUAAGUGUGGGGGGAUGUUUAUCUUGUGACUGCAUUAGAUCUGUUUGUGUGCUUGGAGCCUAGUCCACUAUCCAAAUUUUUAAAUUUGAGGGCUCCAAGUACGUGUUUCCGUGCAAUUGCCUGCUCAGUAUGCUUUGAAUUGACAGUCUUUAUAGUAAUGUGCAACCUAGGGAGGUAGUGUAGCACUAUAGAGGAUGUUGAUGCAUUUAAGAAGUCUCAUUUCUUCUUCAUAUUGUGUUGGUUGAUUGAGUGAAUUAGUGAUCUUAGGACCCUUGAGUUGUGUGGUGUUGUGAACUCUCUACCUGUCAUGGAAUCUUGUAUCAUGUUUUGAGUUUAACAGGUGCUCGAAAAUGUGCUUCAAAAUAACGUCUCCCGUGCGAA